AUGAAAAAACAAACCAAAUUUUUAAAAGAAUUUAAAGAUAUUGAUGAAUUAAAUAAUAUAAAUAAUCUUAGUAUUGAAAUUAUAGAGAAAAGAGCCAAAAUUAUACAAGAUAAUACAAGUGAUCCAGAAUCAUGGAGAUAUAGAUCAUUUGAUGGGUUUUUAGGAGAGAAUGAAUCAUUUAAAGAAAGAAUAAAAAAUGAUUGGAAAUUAUUAGAACAAUGGAAUUUAGAUAAUAAACAAUCAUUAACACAUAUUGAUAUAUCAAAUAAAUUAAAAGAUGUAAUUAAUCAAUGUGAACAAACAAGAAAAGAUUUAAAUUUUGGACCAAUGGCACCAAUUAAAUUAUUAUAUAAUAAAGAGAUUGAAUUAUAUAUAGUUAAAAAUAUUUAUAAUGGUUUUCAAUAUUCAUUAUUUUGGAAUGAAAAACAAAAACAACAAAAUAAUAAUAAUAAUAAUAAUAAUAAUAAAAAUAAAGAAAAAGAAAAAGAAGAAGAAGAAGAAGAAGGAAUUUGGAAUAGAAAAUGGAAUAUUGAAUAUAAAAUUCAAAAUAUUAAAACUCAACAAGAAAUUUUAGUUUCAGGUGAUAAUGAUAAUGGUAUUAUAAAUUAUAUUGAAAAUUUAGGUUUUUAUGAAGGUGAUGAGUUUAAUCAAUAUAGAAUCAAUCCAAUAAAACUAUUAUCAAUUUUAAUGUCAAAAUAA